UCAGAUUUCAUACAAAAUCUCAAACUUCGUCUCUAACUCCGAAGCCCUAGAAAUGCUCAUUCUGUCCUGAAAUUCGAACGUUAAAAUCUCUCCGACAUCCUCACAUCAAUCACUCCGAAGCCCCCAAACAUGGCGUCGAUCAAAUCCUCUGCUUCGCGGUACACCUCCUACGAUUCUCGAUCUUCGACCCAGUCUUUCCAAUCCGACCCCUCAUCCUCCACCGAGCUCAAACCCAACAAACCCUUAAUCAAACGCUUCAUUGGCGGCACCGCCAAUCGCAACCACCACCAGCCUCCGUCUGCGGCGGCCCAGAGCUCUUCUCGAGCCAUCGUGAAGGCCAAACCGUCGGAUUUAGUUCAGGCGAAGCAAAAGAAAGAUCAGAAUUUGAGUGGAUUGGUGAAGAAAUUGAUGGGGGCGAAGCCGAAGAAGGCGGCGAAUUUGGUGAUUCCAGUGGAUUUUAUUGCGGAGGAUUUGAAGAAGACAGCGAAGAAAGGGUCGAAUUUGGGUGGGUUGAAUCGGAAAUUGUUUGGUAAAGGGUCGGAGAUGAAGGCAUUGACGGAGGUGAAGUCGAAUACGAGAACUUUGGCGAUGGUGCUGAGGAGUGAAAGAGAGCUUUUGAGUCAGAAUAAGGAGCAGGAGGUGGAGAUCACUGAUCUCAAAUUGAUGGUAGAGGAGAAAAACAGAGAGGUUGAGAAACUGAAGGAUUUGUGUUUGAAGCAAAGGGAAGAGAUAAAGGCGUUGAAGAAUGCUGUACUAUUUCCAGAUGCCAUGAAUUCACAGUUUCAGGAACUUUGGGAGAAGCAAGGUUCCGAACUAAAGCAGGCAAAACAACUCAUCCCUAGUCUCCAUAGACAGGUCACUUCUCUUACAGGCCAACUUCAAUGCCUUGCCGAAGAUCUUGCAGAGGUGAAGGCAGAUAAAUAUUCAGCAAGGAGGUGUUAUGAUAAUCUUGUCAGCUCUCCGAGGACACUGGCAUAUGAUCAAGAAGACACCCCUAAUUCUCUGGAAUUCAGCUCUGGAGAUCACACCACUCUUGGAAGUCCAGAUGACAUGUUCGUCAAUGACAUAAAUCCCUGUUUAACACCUUAUUAUGCCAACACAAAGUCCAAGGAAUUUGAGGCAUUGGGCUGUGAUUCUCCACCGGAUGAAAGAUUUUCUAGAAACAAUAUGCAGUUGAGGCAUGAGAUUGGUUUUGACUUCCGUGUUAGAAAAAUGUCAAAAAGUUCAGAUUGUUGCCAAUGUUCCAACUCAUCAGGGAGCACUUCUGCCCGACCAGCGCGCAGAUCAGGCGAAAGCAAAUGCACAUAUGGAAAGCAGAUGAACCAUAAGUUUUUAUGAGUUAUUUGGUGAAUAGUAUAAGCACAUAGAAAUUGAUCACAGAACCGAACACAAAUUGUAUAUAGAUGGCUAAGAAAUGUGGAUCCACCCAACAAAUUUUUAAAAAUGUUAGCCAUUCAUAUAUAUUUUGUGUCCAACUCUGUGAUCAUUUUUUGUGUUUGUAACAGAACUGUGAUUUGGUGGCCUAGAGUUUGGAUGUACCAGAGCAUUUUCUUUUGAGCACAAUUUCUCCUUUACUCUUCGUAUUGUGGUCUGUAAUUCUGGUCAAUGCUCUAUUUGUUUUUAUAUGAUAUAAGAGGCGCUGGCCAAUAUGUUCAUCUUCAAUAAAAGAAGAGGUUGAAAUUGCUCGACUUGAGAGUGAAAAUAAUUAGUCCUGUCAAUUUACAUGUUGCAUACACAUUAUGAGAA